AUAACCCAAGUACGUUUCGAGCAGCUGCAACACGAAGCAGCUCUAGUUUGGAGAGAAAAGCAGAAAACUGUAAAGAAGAAGUAAAAAAUAUUCCUCGGCACAAUGAUGUACACAUUGUUUGUGAUCGAAUUAAUAUCUGCAUUAAUUUUAGCCGCCACUUUAUUGUACAGAUAUGGAGACUGUUACAGAAAUCACAUAAUAGUCACUGUGUCUGUUUUAACAGCAUGGUACUUCUCUUUUGUCAUUAUGUUUAUUUUGCCGCUGGAUAUAACAUUUACUAUCCAGCGUUCACAAGAGAAUACAACAAAUAUCCAGCCGGUGCAACAAAGCAAUGAGAACACUACCGCUUCCCCGGUAGACCCAUGUGAGCAAACAUGGAAUUGUGUGUUCCCAAGCUUAUGGAGGGUAGUGUAUUGGACAUCUCAAUGUUUGACAUGGCUCAUAAUGCCCAUGAUGCAAUCUUACAGCAAAGCUGGAGAUUUCACAGUUAAAGGAAAACUUAAAUCUGCAUUAGUCGACAAUGCCAUUUACUAUGGUUCAUAUUUGUUGAUAUGUGGCAUUCUUCUCAUAUAUAUUGCUUUAAAGCCCGGCGUCUACUUAGAUGGUCCUAAAAUCAAAGCCAUAGCAUCCUCUGCAAGUAACACUUGGGGUCUAUUCCUAUUGAUUCUCCUACUUGGCUAUGCUUUAGUGGAGGUACCAAGAAACUUAUGGAAUAACUCAAAGAAAAAUUAUACUUUAACAUACAGUUAUUUCAAGAUAGCUAAGUUAAGUACAGACAAGUGUGAAGCGGAAGAAACUGUGGAUAGUAUUUUAGAUAGCUUAAACUCAGUAACAGCGGCAGUAGGAUCUGGGCAUCCUCUCCAUCGACAUGUAGAGACUAUAGUACAGAAGUUGCCAAUACAGUUGCGCGAUCGACUGAACUCACGUGCCCCACCGGAACGCCCCCAGCCGCCAUCUUUGAAGUCUCUUGUAAACUUGCAUAAAAAGACUAUUAAAGCGCUGCACGUGCUACAACGCACAGAAACGCAAUGGGGAUUGAUGUUGGAACGUAUAUUCCAUUUGGAGGAUAUCGCAACCAACCUUCGCUCACCUGACAAGCGCUUCCAGCACACAUUCCACACGCCGCGACCUAGAGUGCAGCGGAUUUUGUAUCCACCCCUUAUUGAAUGGUACUGGGAGUGUUUCAUGAAACAGUACUUCUUGAAAACUAUGGCAGUGAUCACAUGCCUUCUCUCCGUGGCUGUCGUGUGGUCGGAAAUGACAUUCUUCUGCAAGAAGCCUGUACUCUCUAUAUUUGCGAACAUUGUCAUUGCAGCUAAAAACAACUACAACUAUGCAGCUAUUGUGACAAUAUCAACAAUGAUAAUAGCCUACAUGUUCUACUGCGCCUAUUCUACGGUACUGAAGAUCCGUCUCCUGAACCUCUAUUACCUGGCUCCGCAUCAUCAGACCAAUGAGUACAGCCUGAUCUUCUCCGGCAUGAUGGUAUGCCGUCUAACGCCAGCCAUGUGUCUAAACUUCCUCAGUUUGGUGCACAUGGAUUCGCAUGUUAUUAAAGAGCGAAUUAUGGAGACAUAUUACACACAGAUAAUGGGUCAUAUGGAUGUGCUGGGCAUCAUUGCUGAAGGCUUCAACAUUUACUUCCCGAUGCUGGUCGUGCUAUUGUGCCUGGCCACUUACCUCUCGCUUGGCAGUCGCCUGCUCUCGUUCUGCGGUUUCCAGCAGUUUGUAGGUGAUGAUGAACUUACCACGGACCUAGUGGAUGAGGGUAGGGAGAUAAUCAAAAGAGAAAAACGAAGGCGGCAGCGGGCUGAAGACACGGUGAACCGUCGCCGCGACUACAGCGAACGCUUCUCGAACUACACGAGUGCUCGCGACCGCCAAGACGGAGCCCACACCGGGCUUUUGAACGACGUCGACUCAGACUACUACGUGACACCGAGUCCCGAGAGGUCACAGAAUGUCACCGGUUAUCAGAGAGCUGAACUGCCGUACAACCGCAACAAUUUGACUCUAGAAGAUGAAUUGGAACAUCGGUUUGGCGAGAGUACGCAGCCCGCAAUCAGGUCUGAUAGAAGAGACCGAAUGACGAUGCCACCAAGAGGGCUCUUCGAUGAUGUAUAGAUAUGCAAUAUAAGUGAAGUUAGAACAAAAUUUUAGAACUGUAGAAAUUAUUCUUAAGCCGAUAGAUGUAGGCAAAGAACAUAAUUGUAAUAAAAUUAUUUGUACUUUUCUAGAUCCUGAAAAUCAAGGACUUAUUCCUAUAACACAAGUAUAUGCUUAAAUCUGUGUUGCAGAAGCCUUAAUAUACCCCAGAGAGAACCUCAGUAGGUAGUUCAUUCCACAAUUUCAGUGUGUGUGGGAAGAAACUGAUCUGGUCCAGUUUUCAUUUAAUACAAGAGGCCUUUCCGCGGCACUUACUACAAUUAUAUAAUAAUAUAAAUAUUAUAUAAUUAAAGUAGACCAGUGUUUUUCAACGUUUUUAUUACGCGACCCCUUUGUCAUAUUUUAGCAACCUCUUAAAGCGUUAGGGUAAAACUACUAAGUCAGUGAUAUUUAUAUCAUAAUAAAUCGUAGUUUUUAUUGUAGUAUAUAGGAACAACCACUAAUUGAAAAACACUGAAGUAGACAACUAAACAAAUGCCUAUACAAAAGUUGUGCAAUAAAUGUAAUCUUCAAAAAUUAUAUGAGAUUCGUUGUAAAGGGAAGAACCAUAAAUCAGAUAGAAUACUAAUGAAAUUAAUGCGCUUUCAGCAACAAGCGAAGCGGUAAAAUAUUUAAUUUUUCAUAAUUUCAUAAAUUAAUUUCUUCAUUCGUCAGUUUGUAUGCAGAUUUUAAAAAUACUUUACAACAUUUUGCUGUAAUUUGUUGUUUUAUGAAUACUAUCAUUGAUUUUCGGCUUGGUAUACCCUUUACGGCUGACCCCAUAUAUAUUAGUACGUAGUACAUGUAGAAUAUUUAAAGUUAAUAGUUUGUGUUGUCAUAUAUUAUUGUUUGUUUGUGUGAAUACUUGGAUGAAUGUCAUUAAAUGUAUUAUAGUAAUGUACAAAAUAUUAUGCUUCGUCCAAUUUUUAUAAUUUAGUUGUUGUUUUUAAAUUAUUACAAAUUAUUUAUAUACUUACAUAAUAUCAGUUUAUAUUAACAGUAUAAUUAUAUGAAAUCUUAAUUCUCCAUAUUAUACUAAAACCGAUACAUUAUAAUUAUUAAGUAAUGAAAUUAAUUAGAUAUCUGGAAGAUUUUAUCUUUUUAAGUAUGUAAGCCUCACAAUUAUUAUGUCUCAUAGUAUACUUACAAAAGUUGUCAUUAAUAAAUCAUCAUGUUUUUAAUUGUAAACUGUAUUAUUUGUACUAACACUUUAGAAGUAAAAUUUGUAUCCGCGCAAAUAAUACCGUGGUUCCUUUUAGUAAAAUACAAUAUUCAACACCAGAAUACUCUGUAUUC